AUGCCAAGAUCAGGCCCAAGACCAUAUGAGUGUGUUAGGAGAGCUUGGCAUAGUGAGAGACACCAACCCAUGAGAGGUUCUCUCAUUAAAGAAAUUUUCAGGGUUGUGAAUGAGAUCCAUAGCUCAGCUACCAGGAAGAACAAAGAAUGGCAAGAUAAGCUCCCAAUUGUUGUCUUGAAAGCAGAAGAAAUUAUGUACUCCAAAGCAAAUUCUGAGGCUGAAUACAUGGACCUUAAAACCCUUUGGGACCGAACAAAUGAUGCUAUUAACACGAUAAUUCGGCGUGAUGAGGGUACUGAAACUGGAGACUUUCUUCAGCCUUGUAUUGAAGCUGCUCUCAAUUUGGGGUGCAUUCCAAGAAGAACUUCAAGGAGUCAACGACAUACUAAUCCACGGUGUUAUCUGAUUCCCAUCACUUCCGAUGUCCCUAGCAUUUCUCCUAGCGUAGUAGAGAAUGCUAGUCAGAGGGAUUACACAUCCAAUUCACAGUAUAGGCCUCAUUGUCCAAAUUUUGUGAAACCCAAAAGUAUGACAACCCAUCUUGGCUUUGAAUCUAGAUUCCCUGUUGUCCAAAAUAAUGACUGCACUACUAUGAAAUUCAGCAUUGCUUCCGAAAAUAUUCCUCCUUUGGGUUAUGACCAAUUCUCCCCUAGGGAAAGUAAGGCAACAUCUAACUUUUCUUCAUACCCUCUGCACUAUGGAAAUUUUCCUCAGUUUGAAGAACUCAAGCCUGGUUUUGUUAUCCUUCCUAAACCAGUUUCUGACCCAAUAGAACCUGCCAAGAUGGGAGUUAUUUCCAAUUUGCUCUGUAAUGGAGAUAAAUCAAAUGACAAUACACAAACAGACACCAGGGACUACACUGAGAACCCAUGUACGGUUGGGUGUGAUUUGUCUCUGCGGUUAGGCCCACUGUCUACUCAAUACUCAAUCGGUGAAAACAGCCAGCCUGAAGAGGUCAAAGAUGUUGGUGCUCAGGAAGGGACCAUGUGCAGUGAACAGUCACAACCACAAUUCGAUAGACUGCCCUCUUUCAUUGGUAAGGGUAAUGAAUAUGGCCCAGGAGACUUGUAUUCAAGUAGGUUGAAUUUUGAAGGUGAAUAUAUGAAUGUACAAGCGACAGUGAGAAAGCGAAAGGCAGCUUUCAAUCACCCAACAGGGGAUACCAAAUUUUAUAGGCAGCCAGAGCUUCCUUUUAGUCACUUGACUGGAAGUAUGAGAAAUGGAGGUUUGUAG